CGGACAUGCCAGGGUUAGGAAAAUCAAGUUGUGCACUAGCUAGUCAAGGCGGGCGUCGCCAUUUGGAGGCACCAGUCAUUCAUGCUAAAGCUGUCGGGUCGUAUGUCGGUUUGGUUCCCGCUGAUUCGAGAAACGAAAAGGAUAGCUUCGAUAUUGAAUCACUGUUCAAGAGAAGCAAAGAGAUAAAGAAAACUGCAGACGCGGGCCCAAUACAACACGCCGCCGCGUUUUCUGACAGGCCACAGCGGGUGCAAAAGAAAACUAUCGGCGCUAGGGGUCACACAAGGAAACGUCGGAAGGAUGCCGAUGAACUGGUUCCCGUGGAUAAACCGAGGCGUUUCGAAGACGGGCUCCCAGUGUACAAAUCUUACGAAGGUUUCAGCGAUAUUGCUUGCGGUCAAGUGCCUCCCGACGACAGAAAAGGAGGGAAGUGUCCGUUUGAUUGUUGGUGUUGCUUUUGA